CGGGGCUGUGACCACAGGCCAGCUCCAUCCGUACAAUUCGGCCUGUGUGUACUGCCAGAGAGCUGCAGACGCUUAGGUACCCAAGAGAGAUGGUCUCAUGGAGCUUGUCAGUGCGGUGCAGUCCUCUUUAUGUUUUUGUUCACAAUGCACUUUAAGAUUUCAAUAAGAUGUUUCUGUGUUUUGAGAUCUUUCUUUUUCUCGCCUUCAACAUCCACGAUUUCGUUCAUGCUCAGGAUUCCUCAUGCUGUCACCAUGCUGCAGAACUCUCUUCAUGUAGGGAAGCCUGCGAUCAGCUCUCCACCAUUAAAAGUGAAUCCCGUUUGAAGCACCUGCUGCAACGAUUACCAAGCUAUUGCCCAGAAUCUAUGAGUGAACUUUGGAUUUGCGUCAAUUCCACAUUACCUGGAGCGUCCCGGAAGUCCGACGGGUGGGUGGGUCUCGGGUGCUGCGAGCUGGCGAUUUCCCCGGACUGCCGGAGGGAGUGCAAGCUGGCAUCGUCCAAGAAUGACAUCACAAAAGUAUGCAAGAAGGAUUCUGAGAAACCCCUCUACAGCUGCAUUACCAAAAAUGAAAUGGGCUCAGUGUGCUGCAGCUAUGCUGGGAGACACACAAACUGCAGAGAGUACUGCCAGGCCAUCUUCAGGACGGACUCCUCUCCCACCGUCUCUCAGAUCAAAGCUGUUAAUGAGUACUGCCAGGCCAUCAGUCCUCAGGUCAUAAGCUGUGUGGGAAACUACACCAAAUCUUACCCAAUCAGGAGCCCCAUCGACAGUCUGUUCUGCUGCGACCGCGCGGAGGACGCGCACUGCCAGGCGGCCUGCAGGCGCAUCCUGCGCACCAUGACGACGGAGCACGAGAUCAUCGACGGGCUCAUCAGGGAGUGCCGGCGCCAGCCGCUGCCCCAGGACCCCCUCUGGCAGUGCUUCCUGUGGAGCUCGCACACCCCUCCCAAGAACGUCCCCGACACCUCUCCCACUGCCAAAAUGGACGGCGCCAAGCUCCACUGCUGUUCCAAAGCCAAUACCUCACUGUGUAGAGAAAAGUGUCAGGAGAUCAGCACUAACUGGGGGACCCAGACCUGGCAGGAGUUUGACCAGCUGUGCGAAUACAACCCCGUGGAGGCCGACCUGGUCACCUGCCUGGCCGACGUCAGAGAACCCUGUCAGCUGGGCUGCAAGGACCUCACGUACUGCACCAACUUCAACAACAGGCCCACGGAGUUGUUUCGCAGCUGUAACACCCAGUCGGACCAGGGGGCCAUGAGCGACAUCAAGCUGUGGGCCAACGGCACCAUCAAGAUGCCCUUCAUGAACAUCCCUGUGCUGGACAUUAGCAAGUGCCGCCCCGAGAUGUGGAAGGCAGUGGCCUGCGCCCUGCAGAUCAAGCCCUGCUACAGCAAGUCCCGCGGCAGCGUCAUCUGCAAGUCGGACUGCGUUGACAUCCUGACCCAGUGUGGGGACCGCAGGAGGUUUCACGAGGGACAGACCCCAGAGCGCAUCUGCAACCUGCUGAGCCCCACCGACGAGCCUGGACACUGCAUUCCUCUGGAGAGAUAUCUGACCCCCAGUUCCCUGGGAAACAUCAUCGAGGAGGUGAUUCACCCCUGCAACCCCAACCCGUGUCCUAGCAACCACCUGUGUGAGGUCAACAGAAAGGGCUGCCAACCUGGCCAGGACUGCCUGCCUUACUUCUGCGUACCAGGCUGCAAGCUGGGCGAGGCCUCAGAGUUCCUGGUCAACAUGGACGCCCUGAUCCAGGUGCCUCUGCAUAAUGGGCAGGUGGGCUGCUUCGAGGUGUGCACCUGCGGACAGAGCGGCCGGCUGGAGAACUGCGUGGAGAUGCCCUGCAUCGACACCUCCAAGAGCUGCAUCGUGGGGGGCCAGAGAAAAAAUCACGGGACGUCCUUCAAGGUGGACUGCAACCCCUGCUCGUGCUUCGCGGGGGAAACCGUGUGCUCCACCCGCGAGUGUUUGAGCAUGGACAGCUCCGAGGAGGACCGCAGGCUCUUCACAGGCCUGCCGUGCAGCUGUCCGGACCAGUUUGUGCCAGUGUGUGCCCAGAACGGGCGCACGUACCCCAGCGCCUGCGUGGCGCGCUGCGUGGGGCUCCAGGACAAUCAGUUUGAGUUCGGCUCCUGCCGUAACAGUGACCCCUGCUCCCCGAACCCCUGCCAAAAGAGUCAAAGAUGCAUACCAAACCGGCGCGUGUGUCUUAGCGACACCAGCGACUUCCCCUGCAUGCAGCACGAGUGCGUGGGGCGGGCGCUCGUCUGCGACAAGACCCAGCUGGACCCGGCGUGCGACACGGCCAACAUCGAGCACUCCAGCCUCUGCCUGCUCUACCAAAGAGGGAAAACCCUGUCCUACACGGGACACUGCCAGGAUGCCUGCAGGAGACCCAAGCCCGUGUGUGGUCACAACGGGGAGACGUACGACACGGUGUGCGAGGCCUACUCGGACCGGGUUGCCGUGGACUACGCCGGGCGCUGUCACGCGGUCGGGGCGGUGUCUGAGUACGCCUCCGACUCUGGCUGCAACGCCGUUCACUGCCCUCCCCUCUCCGUAAAGGGCUGCAGCCCCGUCACUCCGCCAGGUGCCUGCUGUCCACUGUGUGCGGGAAUGCUGCAGAUACUCUGGAACAAAGAACAGAUGAAAGUAUUUGCCAGGCUGAACCAGAAUCAGCCGGUGACGGUUCAUGACAUCCUGCGGAUCCUACGCCUGCACAUCUCCGUGCCCCAGUGUGACAUCUUUGGCUACCUGAGCAUCGACUCAGAGAUAGUUGUUCUCAUUGUGCCUGUGGACCAGCAGCCCACACCCCUACAGAUCGAAGCCUGCAGCAAGGAGGCGGAGAAGAUCGACUCCCUGAUCAACUACGGCAGCCCCACGCUGGUGUCGCACGUUCCUCUCUCCGCCUUCCUCACCUCGGAGGUGAAGAUCUCCACCCUCAGCUCCACGGGACGUCCCGCCGCGGCCUCCCUCUCCCUCUCCCUGCUCCUCUGUCUCCUCCUGGUGGCCGCCUUUGGCCCUGGGGGAGCGUAGCCGGCCUCUUCUUAUUUCGUCGCUCACCGCCAGCGCGCGGGGACCUGCGUCGGACCACUGAACCGUUCGGCUAUUGGACAUGACUGACAGGAAGCUUUCCCCUCCGUUGCCGUGACAAUCAUGAUCGCGCCUAACAGGGUCGAUGCCUGGUCAAAUAAAGAAAGGGAGGAGCUGCUGAAAUAUCAGCGUAUCACCUUUUUAACUGCUCUAGCGUUGAAAGGGAGCUGACAGGUUUUCCCUCGGUUCUGUUAAGUGUCGUUUAUUUUGAUUUUUUUAAAGCUGCAGUAUUGUAGCACUUUGACAGCAGGGUAGAGACCAGAUGGCCGAAUGUCUCUGUGAGGAAGGAUAUUGUAUUAGACAGAUGCUCUCUCCAACAGUGAUAUUUGUCCGAGUCUCAACGGCCCAAUUAUUUUUCAUUCGCAUCUCCAGGUUGUACACGUCUUAAUGUAAAUAAGAAAGGUCGGGUGUCAAUGACAUUAAAGUGGAACACCAAAAGGUGGCGAAAAUAUUAUGAUCUAUCAGCUCAAAGACAAAUAAGGGAUUCAUUUUGUUCCUAAUGUAUAGAUAAUCAUGAAUAUUUUUUUUCUGAAAUGAAGAACAAUAGCCAUGCUAAUGACAAUGACAAUCAUUGCUUUAUCCCCGUGUGGGUAAUUAUGACAAUACGCCUUGCUUGAAAUAUACACAAAAUUCAUAUAUAAAGUAAUGCAAUAAUUUUAUAAUGUUGAUAAGAAUCUGAGGUGUUUUAUUUUGAAAUUCGGAAGGGGCGGGAUGCACAUGUGCCAUUCUAAAUGUUAUUAUUCCUGCAUGAUGACAAUUAUGAAGUGUUUUUACUCGAGAA